AUGUUGGUAAAAAGUAAGCAGACGAGCUCCAACUUAGGCGACCUGACAGAGGCCUUCAACGUGCUUCGAAAGUAUCAGAUGAAGCUCAACCCGAGCAAGUGCGCCUUUAAGGUCUCGUCAAGAAAGUUCCUCGGGUUCAUGGUCCACGAGCGCGGAAUCGAAGUAAAUCCAGACAAAAUAAAAGCAGUCCUCGAGAUGGAGGCACCGAAGAAUAUUAAGCAGCUACAGAGGUUGAAUGGUCGAUUGGCAGCCUUGAAUCGCUUUGUAUCUCGCUCCACUAACAAGUGCCACCCUUUCUUCCAAGUUCUAAGGAAAAAGGGUCGGUUCGAGUGGACCGACGAUUGCGAAGCUGCACUUCGGCAGUUGAAGCAGUACCUCAGCUCAGCUCCCUUGUUGUCAAAGCCACUGCCUGGUGAUGUACUCUACUUGUACCUAGCAGUGUCAGAAAAUGCAGUGAGCUCAGUACUAGUCAGGGAGGCAGAAGGGCGGCAGAGCCCAGUCUACUACACAAGCAAAUCGUUGACCGAGGCCGAGGCUCGAUACCCCUAUGUCGAAAAGCUGGCCCUGGCCUUGGUGACCUCGGCACGACGUCUACGACCGUACUUCCAGGCGCACAAAAUAAUCGUUCCGACAAACUUCCCCUUGAGGCAGAUUUUCUACAAGCCCGAAACGUCGGGUCGCCUGAUGAAGUGGGCACUAGAGCUCAGUGAGCACGACAUCGCCUUUGAGCCGAGAACAGCGUUGAAAGGUCAGGCAGCCGCAGAAUUUGUUGCCGAGCUGACCCCACCUAGGCCAGGGGGCGAUGUCCAUGACCAGUGGACACUCUAUGUGGAUGGUUCGUCCAAUGAGAAAGGUUGUGGGGCAGACAUGCUACUCCUCGGCCCCGGCAGUCUUCGGUUUGAGUACGCGCUCCGGUUUAGCUUCCGAGCUUCCAACAACGAAGCCGAGUACGAGGCAUUGAUAAAUGGACUGAAGGUCGCCAGAGGGAUGGGCGUGAGGCGACUUUUGAUUCUCAGCGACUCCCAGCUUUGUCAAUCAGGUUACCGAGGACUACCAAGUAAAGGAAGCUCGUAUGGAGAGGUGCCGAGGUCCGAAAAUUCCAACGCCGACGCACUGGCUCUCCUGGCUUCGGCAUACGAGACCGAUCUACCAAGAACGGUUCCAGUUGAAAUACUUGUUGAGUCGUCCAUCGACCAGCCUGAGAUAAUGGAUAUCACGUCAGCUCGGCCUACAUGGAUGGACCCAAUUAAGGACUUCCUGGUCAAUGGCUCAAUCCCCGCCGAUCCGAGCCAAGCCAGAAAGCUCCGACGCCAAGCUGCUCACUACUUGAUGCAAGAAGGCAAGCUCUUCAAAAGGGGAUAUUCCCUACCAUUACUGCGGUGCCUCGACCCAGAAGAGGCGAGAUAUGUCAUGCGCGAGAUUCAUGAAGGGGUUUGCGGAAACCAUGGAGGAGCUCGGUCCAUGGCCGCGAAGGUCGUCCGCCAGGGCUACUACUGGCCGACGAUUGAGCGCGACACCAAGGAGUUCGCCAAAACAUGCGACAAAUGUCAACGCUUCGCGAGCAUUUUGAGGCAACCCCCGGAAAUGCUGACGCCGAUCUCAAGCCCUUGGCCUUUCGCUCAGUGGGGGAUAGAUCUGAUCGACCCACUACCGAUGGGGAAAGGGCAGUUGAAGUUCGCCAUAGUAGCUGUGGAUUACUUCACCAAAUGGGUGGAAGCGGAACCUUUGGCGUCUAUUACCGAGGUGAAGGUCGUCAGCUUUGUAUGGAAGAGCAUAAUAUGUCGGUUCGGUAUACCGAACGCCAUCAUUACUGACAAUGGAAAGCAGUUUGACGGUGCCCGGUUUAAUCAAUUCUGUCAACAGCUCGGCAUACGUCACCUCAGCUUGUCGCCUUCCCAUCCGUAG